CCUGGGUAGGUUGGAGACUAUGGGAUCUGUUUAUUAAAUCCUGAAAUUGCUGAUUAAUUCCCAGAAAGUUCUAGUCCAGUGGAUGAUCUCAAGACUCAUGCUUCUCCUUGGAAGAUGCAAGUGCAUGGAGACCAAACCCACAAACAAGAAGAGAAGCAUCAAAUGGAGAACCAGUGUCUUGCCAAGAAAGUUCCAGGGUUCUGCUCCUUUCGCUAUGGGUUGGCUGUCGUUUUGCACUUCUGUAACAUUGUCAUCAUGGCUCAGCGAGUGUGCCUGAACCUCACCAUGGUCGCCAUGGUGAACAGAACAGAGCCACCCCAUUUACCCAAUGGAUCUGCCGUGGAGAGACUGGAUGAUGGAAAGAACCCUGUGUAUUCCUGGAGUCUUGAUAUUCAAGGGCUUAUCCUCAGUUCUGUCUUGUUUGGUAUGGUCGUGGUUCAGAUUCCUGUUGGGUACCUAUCUGGACUAUAUCCAAUGAAGAGAAUACUUGGGUUUUCAAUGCUCCUCAGCUCUGUGCUAUCCAUGCUUAUCCCACCAGCAGCCCAAGCUGGAGCAGCUUUGGUCAUUGUGUGUCGAGUACUCCAGGGAGUAGCCCAGGGGAUAGUGUCAACAGGCCAACAUGAAAUAUGGGUCAAAUGGGCACCUCCCUUGGAACGAGGCCGGCUUACCUCCAUGACUUUAUCAGGAUUUGUAAUGGGACCAUUUAUUGUCCUUCUUGUGAGUGGAUUCAUCUGUGAUCUUCUAGGUUGGCCCAUGGUUUUCUACAUUUUCGGUAUUUUUGGCUGUAUCCUGAGUCUUUGCUGGUUCCUUCUGUUCUAUGAUGACCCCAAGGACCACCCGUAUAUGAGCAGCAGGGAGAAGGCCUACAUCACAUCCUCUCUUCCCCAGCAGGUCAGCUCGCGCAGACAAUCUCUGCCAAUCAAAGCUAUGCUUAAGUCUCUUCCGCUCUGGGCUAUUAUCAUCAAUACCUUUGCUUUCAUAUGGUCCAACAGCCUCCUGGUUACAUACACUCCAACAUUUAUCAACACUGUGCUUCAUGUCAACAUCAGAGAGGUGCACUCAGGAUUCCUGUUUGCUCCUCAGAACGGGCUGCUGUCCAGUCUCUCCUAUCUGCUUGCUUACAUCUGUGGCAUCGUAGCAGGUCAGCUGGCAGACUUCCUCCUGUCCCGGAAGAUUUUCAGCGUAGCUAAUGUGCGGAAACUCUUCUCUACGCUAGGGAUUCUCUCUCCUGUGAUCUUCAUCAUGUGCCUGCUCUACCUGAGCUCCAGCUUCUACAGCACCAUCAUCUUCCUGACACUCGCCAACUCGACACUCAGUUUUUCCUUCUGUGGACAGCACAUCAAUGCCUUGGAUAUUGCUCCCAGCUAUUAUGGAUUUAUUAAAGCAGUUUCAGCUCUAAUUGGAAUGAUUGGAGGCCUAAUUUCUUCAGCUGUAGCUGGCUUGAUCCUUAACCAGGAUCCAGAAAACGCAUGGCAUAAAAUCUUCUUCUUGAUGUCAGGCAUUAAUGUGACGUGCAUAACUUUCUACAAUGUGUUUGCUAAAGGAGAAAUUCAGGACUGGGCUAAAGAAACAAAAAACACACGACUGUGAAGCAAGCCUUUGCAAAUGCUGUGGAUCUUCCUCGAGGGUCUUUCCUAGAACAUUCGUUCCAUCAGCCUCCUACAUCAGGUGAUCUUCAAACACCAGCUCAACGGAUGCUGUGUAAUGGUGGUGGCCACCACUCACUCUUAAAUAAGUGCAUGGCACUUACAUAUUCUAGUAAGAUGUGCCCCUCUUUCUUACAUAGUCCACAGCUGUCACUGCACACUCGCUUGUGAUACUGUCAUUAAAGCCAUCUAUCCCCCUGUGGUAGUGAGUGAUUUCAAGCUGUGCCUGACUGUGAUGCCUGUCAUGUCUCCAUACACACUAAUGUGUUCAUUAACAUUCAUUUAGUGUUCAAAUGUUUAUGUUCUCUUUUGUAGUCCAUGUGGAUUCUUAGCGCAAAGAAACACCAUACAACACCAUACACGCUCUCUAAACAUUAGAAAUGAGCCGGAGAAAGCAUGGGUCUUACCAACAUUUUUAGAAGGCAUUUUACACUGAAUGAGACCCAUUGAACAGUGGCUGGAACCACAAGAAUCAGAGAAGCAGGCAAGGAGCAGUCACUGUAGACUGAUGCUACCAAGCAGUACAUGAGGAGAUCAGAGUCACACAAGCCUGUGUCUACUCCCUAAGACUAAGACAUAAGAGAUUUGCACAGAUCCACAUCCCAAUGAAAGGUCCAGGUCAGAGUGGUCAAAAAGAAGGAAUCUGUAGAAGAGUUGAUCCAGAGAGUGCCUGAGUGGUGUUUAUGUUCUAGAAGUAGUUUGGAUCCAAAGCCAAGAUCCACAGACAGGAAACUGUCUAGAAUGGUCGAAUUCUACUACCCCUCUUGUAUUAGUUGAAGAAAGUUGAUUAAUUUUUACACAAUAGAUUCACUCUUCCUUGUUCUUUAUUUUGAUUUUCUUAGACACUCUGCACACACCAAGACUCACAAUGGCUCUUUAACCCUCUCACUUAACAUGAGAGCCACUGUCCACUUUGGCCUCCUGCCCCUGUAGAUGUUCUGUUGUCCAGGUUAUCAAGUCUCUAUUGCUGGCAGCUUACAGAGUUCAUGGUACCACUCUUCCAUGGUUUCAACUCAUCACUCCUGUACUUCUGAUUUCCUCUUCAGUUUUGGUGCAAAAGUAUAGAAGUUUCAUAGAAAAUUGGACACAUCUGUGCUUCCAGGAUCAUACAGUUACAGUUAUAAACAACCAACCAUUCCCUUCCCUUGCGAGACCUCUAAUUGUGGGGGGACAUGCCUUUAGUAUCAUCUAGCCAGGAUCUCUGAGAUGACCCUGAAACAAAGCCCUUUUGGUUAGAUGUCUUUAGCAGCCAAGUAGGUACAAAAGCAGGUCUUUGAAGGGAAG